AUGUAUCUCAGUACCCUCUUCGCUUUCGUUACCGCUUUGGGCGGUCGCGCCGCCGCCGCACCGGGAGACUGUCGUCCCCUUGGUAACAGCAGUGCCCCAGUGCCCACACCCAAUACCCCGGAGGCCUUCACCUCCUUCGGCUACUACGACGAGAUCGCUAACAGUGCCGUUUCGCCUACCGGCUAUGAGGCCUUCUUGGUGGCGGGUCACGCUGCUGUCCACAGCGAUGGGCACUAUGUUACGUACGGCGAGUUCCCUUCGUACGAUGUGGGUGCUUGCGCGAAGGCGUGUGAUGGGUUGGAAGGGUGCGCUUCCUUCAACAUCUACUUCCAACGCCACCCCAGCCUGGCCCCUGGCCGCGCGUGUCCCAACCCUGAGGCCAACGUCGUCGUGCGUUGCGCCCUCUUCCGUAGCGCCAUGAGCGCUGCGCAGGCCACAAACAACGGCCAGGAACGUGGUCCCGUCGAUGAUGACGGUGACAAGUUUGAGGUUCUGAUGCGGGGUAGCAAUGGUAAGUUCGUUCUUGUUGUUAUCUGAACAUUAGUAGCUAAUGACAUUGUGCAGCGUACAACCGCCUCGUCUCCCCAAGUGGACGCGUCACGGUCACGACUACCAUGACUUUGUCUGCUACCGCGACGGUCACCAACACCGUUACUACCACAGUUUCCGCUUAGAGGCAUUCUGUUUCAUUCAGCUUUCUUGAAAGCUUUGGUGGCGACCUGGAAAUAUUCGGUAGCGUUAGGACUACUUGUGUGAAUCAAAAUUGUUUGGUAGAUCGUUUGCAUUAAUUAGGGGCUUGUUUUUUUUAUACAUCCAUUGACGUUUUGACUGUGCGUACAUAUCGUUAUGGAAGGUCGUAGCUUUGCUGGGAUGCGUGAAGGCCUCCAGGGUCUGAUAGUGAGACCCAGACUUGCAUCGAUG